CUGAGAGUGUGUGUGCAUGGUGCAGUGUUUCACUCUACUUGCAGCUUCAAGUUUAAUCUAAUGCAGUUUUGAACUCUGACAUCUGAAACAACUGGAGAUACAGCUUCAAGAAACUGCUUUUUGAGAGGAAUUAUGAGACACGUGGAGCUGUGAUUUAAUUUUCCAAUUGACAGCUGGACAGUCAGGAGGAGAUGGAGAACAAGGCGAUGUAUCUGAGCACGUACGAAGAGAGAGAGAGCGGCUCCAUGUACGAAGAGGCUUACGAUGGACACAACCUGUCCAAGCUCAACCUGUGUGAUGAAGGUUCUGGAAAGCGUCGCAGGAAGCAGGAUCAGUGCUGCGCUCACCUGAACUCCCUGUCAGCCAUCAAGUACGCCAUCGUCUCCCUCUACAUCCUGGUCCUUCUCACCAUCUUCGGACUCUGCUUGGCAGUCUCUCGUUCCCAGGUGUCCUCACAGCGACAGGAGGUGCUGAUGGAGAACGUGACCCGGAUGUCGGAGCGCUCUCAGUUGCUGCAGCAGACCCUGGGCGAGCCGUCCACCAAAGCCGACCUGCUGGAGAACAUCUGGAAACUGGAGAACCUCUUCCAGAAUCACAGUGACUGGCUGCAGAGGCUGGAGAUCCUCUUCAAGAGCCUGGAGGUGGAGCUGAGGAACCUCCAGUCUAACUCCCUGCAGUCCGAGAGCUACCUGGUGCAGCUGGACGACCGGUUGUCCUCCCUGAGCAGCUCCACCGGCCGGAACCUGACGAGCCUCAGCGUGGAGGUGACCCGAGCCUCCACCUGGCUCCACGACCAGGACCUCCUGUUCAGGGAAACCUCAGGUCAGGUGAGCUGGCUGAGAGAGAAACUGGACGAGGUUAAUUGGACGGUAGGAGCUGUCAAUCACACCUUCAGCAAUGACAUCAGUAUCCACCACCUGAAGAUACAAGACUUACAGAUCCAGAUCAGCAACAUCACAGAGGACACCAGCAGCUUAUGGGUGACCCACAUCCACACGGAGGCCGAGCUGAGGAACGAAAUGGAGAUCCUGAACACCAUCACGGAGGACCUGCGUCUGAAGGACUGGGAGCACUCUCUGGCUCUGAAGAACUUCACCAUAUUCGAAGGUCCUCCGGGUCCAAAGGGAGAUAAGGGAGAUGCUGGACAAAUAGGGCACCCCGGGGCUCCAGGACUGACAGGCUUGAGAGGGUUUAGCGGAGAAAAAGGGAUGCAGGGCAACCGGGGAAUAAAAGGGUCUGUCGGAGUCGACGGUUUUCACGGAGAAAAAGGAGACAUCGGACAACCGGGUCCUAGAGGUGACAGAGGAGAAAGAGGGUUCAAGGGGGAGAAGGGGGACCGAGGAGAACGAGGAGAGAAAACAGUGGAGGAGACGCUGGUGCGCCUGGUGAACGGGUCAGGUCUUCAUGAAGGUCGCGUGGAGGUCUUCCACGAGCGCCGCUGGGGGACGAUCUGUGACGACGUCUGGGACAAGAAGGACGGAGACGUGGUGUGCAGGAUGCUGGGGUACAGAGGAGCCGAGGAGGUCCACAAGACGGGACGCUUCGGACAGGGUACCGGUCUGAUCUGGAUGGAUGACGUGGCAUGUGCAGGAACCGAAGACACCAUCCACCAGUGUAAGUUUUCCGGCUGGGGAAAAACCAACUGCGGCCACGUGGAGGAUGCUGGAGUGACGUGCACCGUCUAAAGCCUUUAUGAUCACUGCUGCAGAGGCCGAGCGACACCCCAAACAGUGCCUUAAACUUUGAAGGAGCUCCAAGAUGCACAACAUCCAACUAUUACCAGGAACGUCACAUUUGCAGAGUGUUUUACAUGUAAAAGACAGUGACACACCUCCGUGUUGUGCAUGAACUAAAGCUUGAUUGUUUUAGCUACAAGACUGAAUCAUAAGGGCUAAAGAAAAUGCUAAACUUUUCAAACUUUGAGCGACCGUAUGAGCUGGAGACGAUCGCAUGACAGGACUCUUCAUCAGACUUAUCGCAGAGUUCAUCUGUCUUCAAUGAAGGCCAAAGGUCAGCUUUCACAUCGUCCAGAGGCUCGCAGGGGUCAGGUUUACUGAAGUGUGGAUAAGAAGCUAAUACAACAACUUCAUCGUCCCCGAGUUCUCAUUCGUCUCCAAGUUUUCCGAGGAGGUAAAAUGGCACAUAAAGAAACUGACAGGAGAGAGUCAUUCACAAACUGAUUUUCCAUUUACAGGCAGCUGCUCUUCUCAGUAUUAUACAGGAAUGGCUAUAAACAUACACAGCGUUGCCUUAUAACUCAUUAUGUAACAUUUCCUAGGAAGCAACCUUGUGAUGGUUUGCAGGUCCAAGCUUAAUAGCCGCCACUCUCAUUGAGCGUUAAUCACAAAAUGCGUUGUGUGUACCCUCUUCGUAAAACCUUUGCAAAGCAGGCUGAACCUUUUUAAUCAUGCUUUGUGAACAUCCAGGUUUGCUAUGGAGCGGGCUUGUUCUUCCUUGGCUUUGUUGGCAAAUUGCUAUAUUUCUUUGCGCAAAAACUGCCGCUAAAUGAUGACAUGAGUAAGAGGACAGGCGCCAGGACUGGGACUCAAAUUGGAGGCCACUUGUAAAAACAUUACUCCAUAGCGCACCUCUUUUCUAACCUAUAUUUUUACAUUUUAAACACACAAGUAUUACCUACAGUAAAUCUAUAGAUCUGCUAUUGUUUUGGUGUUCUGCUCUCACCAGCCUUAUCUCCGUCUGGAACAGGACUUUCUUUUUUUGUCAUGAAGGCUCUUAUAAACCCACUGUUUUCUUUUCCAGCACAAAUGGAAAGGCCCCUUUAAAGUUAGAGAAUAGCUAGUAAACUGAGUGGAACUUUUAGAAGCUCAAGACCAAAUUUGGAUCUUUUUCUGAUAGCUGGUGUAGAUCAAAAUAGAUCUAAAAGGCGAAUUUACAAUUGGAUUUAACAAUCAGUGUUUUCUGGAUGUUGAAAUUGGCGAAUGUUUGCUGGAACAACUUUAUAGAAUAUAUUUCAGGACAGGGCAAAACUAUUGUCGCAGCUUUUAAGCGCAGUUUUAACCUCACAAAAGCAGUGUUUGUGCAAUUGUUUUAUUUUUGUGAACAUGAAAAGAAUAUACAAGUAACAAAGAUUUUGGAAAGUGUUAGAGGUCACAGCAUUUGACAGAUGAAGCGAUUGUGAAAAAGAAAGAACAGCUGAUUUUAAACAGAUGGGUGCAUGGGCGACUGCCUCGUGCGAUUUACAGCUUUCAGCGUUCACUGCCAAAAGAUGGGUUGUAUCAGCAUUAAUGCAUAUGUAUAUGUGCACACACACACACACACACACACACACUAACCAGCCGUAACAGACAAGCUUUUAUGUCUCUCUGUAGGGAUUACUCCUUAAUGCUGCUCUUCAAUCCAAAAAGCGUCGUUGCAGGAACUUGUCUCUUCACCCAGUCAUGUUUUAUAUUUGAAGAGGGGAAACAUUUUUUAGUGCACCUUGAAAUUUGGCAAACCUCACAGGGCUGUAGUUGAAUUCCCUCCGCUCCUAUAGUUUGUAGAGAAGUCUGUCUGUGUAAGCUCUCCUAUAGUUUAAACAAAUCAAGAGUUGUCUGGCCCACUUUCUUUUUAUGAAAUUGAAUCCGUGCACAUGAUGUCAAUUUAAGAGGUUGUGUCCAUAUGAGGGAGGGAAAAAUGUGACUUUUUGAGGCGACUGAAGCCAGAUAUCAUACUUUCUCUACCUCAUGCUCAAGUGCCUCGGUGUUUGUCGGGGGUUUCUGUUCUUCAGCAUGACUAUACCGCAAAAGAAAGACGAAUUGAAGAGGGAAAAGAGGGAAAGGGAGUCUGGGGAAAAGGGAAAAUGAGGUGAGAAACCAGACUUAAUAUGUGAUGUGUCUCAGAAGACGCUUUAGCAACUCAAAGGGGAAUUACGGGAUUUCAGAGUUUAAUGCAGAGCACACAAUAGCUUGAACCAACCAAAAUCAGCUCACAAAAAGGUGUGAUCAUGUUUUCCUUUUGCAUUAACAGCAGGUACGUGUGUUUUUUUUACCAGAAACAUAAUCAUACAUUUAGUAUUUUGCCAACAGCUUGUUGUCAAUGUUAGUUUAAUUUGCUCAUCCUUUAGAGUAGUUUCACUUUGUUCACAAGGUUUGGAAACUGUUUUAUGCGAGCAAUAAUAACCUUUAUGUUUCUGUCUAUGAGUAUAAGGACUAAAUGACACAGACACCACAGUAUUGGCUGCCCUAAUGUAUCCUAGUUGUACCUUGUUGUAUUAUUAUUGCUAUGAUUUGAAUACAAAGCUGAAACGAUCAGCUGAUUCAUCAAUUAGAAAAUCAGUUGCGUCCGAUUUAAGUAAUCUUUCAAACAAUAUCCUCUCCUAAGCUUCUCAGGUGUGAGCAUUUGCUGCUUUUGACUUGUUUAUAACAUCUCAAGUAUUUAAAAAUAUUGGACUCUUGAUCCAACGACACGAGACAGACGGAUGAUGGGAAUUUUUCUUUUUUCCCCUAAUUAAUAAAUUGAAUGAAUAUAUAAAUUGCGAAAAUAGCUGCCGGAUUUAUCUAUUAUAUUAAAGCCUAAAACACAUACAGAUGCUCAAUGCAUGCAUGUCUGAGUGUCUUAUAAUGGAGACCAGUUCAGUAAAUGUAAGAAUACAUCUGCAUGGAUCUAAAAGAUGCACUUAAAAGGUGCAGAUUAUCAGUCCUAUCUGAAGGGCUACAGAUUCAUUAAUAUUUCUCCAAAGUAUUGUCAGAUACAAGGCAGUGGGAGUACUUUUCUCUACACAGGAAGCGGCUAAACAUAAUAUGGCAUGUGAAAAGCAGCAGCAGUCACAGUUAAUUUGAAUUUCUGGGCUACAAAGUCUUUUUAAAGUUCAAAUUAAAACAGAAAAUGUAAAAACAUGACAUCUUUUACUUCACAAUACGGCCGCCAAAGUACAAAGUGUGCUACCAUGACACAAGUCAAAGGGACCCAUCAUGGAACAUACAAUACUACAACAGUCAUUAUACAUUUGAUUUACAGUAUUAGCAGCUGGUUACUCCAUGAGGUGGUUUUAGGUAAAAAAUACGUGAAUGGAACAAAUACGAAAUGUACAAGUCUAUAGAGUCUUAUUCUUUCCAGCUAAUGUUUGCAUGAUUAAGUGUCAUAUUCUAAAACACACACACUCUCUCGUACAAUAUCUGCUCUGUAUUCUGUAGCUGGCAGUAGUCUGAGUGGCAGCCAGGUCUUAAUGUCAUGUCCUGAUGACCCUCAUUCAUCUUGUCGAGGCGUCACACUCGGCACUUUGCCAGCGGAGGAGUCAAUGCUCUAAAUCUCUGCCUUUCUGAAACAACAGCCAAAGCUAACACCAAAAGAUCCUGCAGUAUAUUUUCACUCACUCGCUUAUUUGUCAUCUCCACUUCUAACCAGAGGAGCAAACUAAAUAUUAUGGAUUGAAAUUCCUAUGCAGAAUUGUGUGUUUAUGCAGGUUUGAGGGUGUUUUAUUCCACAAUAUUGAUCUCAGCAGGCCUUUAAAGAUGAAUAACUCUGAAAAAUGAAGUGUUUUGACAAAAGCAGGAAGUAUUAGUGCAGCUAUGAAGACGUGGCCGUGCUCCCAACUUUUGUUUCUUGCCAUUUCCUUCUGAGGAGUGGAAGACCAAUGUUUAUAAGGAGAAUAUUCAGACUUUUUUAAAAGCUGUGUGAUGUUUACUAGAAGAAUUGCAAGUGUUUGGUCUCCUUAUCAUCGUAUGCUAGCCAGCAGGUUGGACUUCCAUCAAGUAUUUACAGGAUAACGUUGAUAGCUUUCAAACUUAACUGGGAAAAAUACAGUGUAUAAAUGUAUUACUGUCAGUGGCUUCUCUGAUCUAUGACCACAACAUGUAUGGUCUUGACGACCAACAAGGCUAACCACAGCAGCUUAUGCCCACAUGAAAUUGUUGGCUUGUUUGCAGCACCAAAAGCAAACCGAAUCUUCUCUUUCUUCUCACCCGUGACUCAAUUUUCGCUCCCACAUUUGAAUCACACCCGCUUCAAUGUGAGUCCUACACACUUUGGUUCUGUACUCUCAAUGUUUAGAGCUGAAACGGCGCUGAAAAUAGAAGUGAUAUUACAUUUUGAAUAUGGUUUGGUAAGCAGGGGUCCUUUUGGACUCAUGUUCAUAUCAAGUGACUCCAAAAGGACACAUGUACAGUAAAUGAAGGCCAACAUGCUUUGAGUGGAAAUAACAUAUAUUGUAUUUUAGGAAUAAUCACGUAUGAUUAGUUGCACUCUUGCUUAUAUUUUUUGUUUAAAAAGUUAAAACUAGGUUGUUUUUUACCCAUUUUUCCUUACUGAAACGGAUGGUAUGUCAGUUUUCCUUCUUUAGCAUUACCUAUAAAUAUGUUUGUAAUGUUCACAUGAAAUGAUCUGCCCCCCUGCUUCAAACUCUUUCCCCCCGAAAAAAACAGAGAACAUUUUCUGGUUGAAAUGGUUUCAGCAGACAGCAAUAUGUAAAAUGAGUCCGGACCAAUCACAUUUUAAAACAAAAUUUAAACAGCGUGCUUCCACCGGCUGAGCCUCGUCUCACAUGUAAUGUACUUUGACGACAUGUUGUUCCUUCCCGGUGAAGUUGCAGCCUAUCAGAUAUCAGCAGGACAAACUGUUGUGAUGUGAUUCCCUGAUUGGCUAGAGGUGCCUCUGACCUCGGAUCAAUGCUCCGGCCUCAUGGGGUCAAACAACUCAAAUAUUUGGAUUUUGAAAAGAGCCAAAUGCCUUACCUUUCCAAAGUGAGAACACAUUGCAAAGUGCACUUAACCAUCUAAAUGUGUAAUUUCCUAAAAUGUAUACUUGGUUUUUCAAAGAGCUUACUAUGCUAUACUCUGGAGUGAUGUCUCUGAGCACAUACGUGUGUACAUGUAUCUGUUUUUUAUUACAUUGUGCUGGUCAUAAGGGCUGUGGAGUUGCAGAAAUAAAUGCCUUAAUCAAACAUGAUUAUGUCAAGAAAAUACUCACUAAAGUGCUUCACAUUUACUUAAGAAAAUAUACGUUAUGUUCUGUUGAUUUGUACCACUAAAUGCUGUAUAUGCACUGCUGAAAUAAUAAAACGUAGAUUUGUUUAAA